AAAAAAAAAUUCUUAUACAUCUCAAUAUCUUAGAGCAAUACUUCUCUUGCGAGGUUGAGAAGAGAAGAAUAUUUUCAUAUUUUAUUACCCUUAUUGAUUAUAUUUCGAGUCCUCAUUUUCCAAUAUCCUUGAUCCGAACCUCUUGAACUCGAAAAUCCCUCACAGAGCGAACAAAGCCUUGUCCACUUAUUUUGAGCAUUGGUUCUUACUCCUCUAGCUGAGCCUUCGAUCCAUCUUGCACUUCCUGGUGCCAUUGAAGCUCGCAGUUAUUACUUCAGUGUUGCGCUUCUUGGCAAUGCUUCUUUCUAUACUCGAACCCUUCCCUUGAACAUGUCGUUAGACCUUGCUAAGUGGGAGCUCCCUGGAGACAGCCCAAGCCAACAAGUGCCAGUAGUGCUCCUCCUAGCUGCGGCUUUUUUCGGGCUUCUUUUAGCUGUGUAUACCCACGCGUAUGUCUUCGCAACACCGAUCGCGACUCAAACACCCAAUCCUAGGUUGAAUUCAUCACUCUCGCGCCAGCAUUUCAGAGGUCUUCCCAUCUUCGUCUUCCAUCGGCUGGCCAAGAUCUGUGUGAUAUCUAUGUUCCCUAUGAAGGACUUUAGUCCACUGAAGUACGGUUUUCUCAACUUAACAGUCGAAUUAUUCCUUUCAUACCUGAGAGUAGCAAAUGUGCUCACAAUUCUGCGUCAACAUUCGAAGACCCUUCCUUAUUCAUGUCGCAUUCCAACGUGGUCAAUGUGGUCGAAGGCCUUCACAUCAAUCUUACUGUAUAGCACCGCCUCAAGUGUAUGCUUUUAUCUGCCUAUCUACUUGAUCCGAUUGGCUGGUUCUUUAGAUGAGCGGCUGGGGGUCUCAGAAACGGUGCAGUUUAUCAGUCUUCUGGGCACUAUUAUGGUUCUUUACUUUGGAUUUGUUGUUCCGACAUAUGCAAUCUUCAUUCGAGUCUCUGCCUCUGCCCAAAGGGGUGAGUCGAUGACUAUCAGAGGCGCCUGGCAAGGGUUUUCGUGGUCAUCUCGGGUACACUUUUACCAACUACUUGGCGAGGUUCUAUUCCUGGAAGCAGGUGUCACAGUCGUUAUGAUUUUGUCUGUGUUCGCUUUGGGUCAUCCUACUGUGCAUGAUGAUGUUUUUCAGCUUUUUGUUAGAUACUUUGGGUAGUCUAUUAUCGUGAGGAGAUAUGGUAUGCUAUAGAGACCGAACUAUCUAAAUUGUAUUUUUCAUAGUGUG